AUGCUCUUCUUCAGCUUCUUCAAGACCCUCAUCGACCACGAGGUCACGGUCGAGCUCAAGAACGACAUCCAGCUCAAGGGCAUCCUCAAGAGCGUGGACCAGUACCUCAACAUCAAGCUCGACGAUAUCCAGGUUGUCGAGGAGCUCAAGUACCCCCACAUGAGCUCCGUUAAGAACGUCUUCAUCCGUGGUUCCGUGGUGAGAUAUGUCCACCUCCCCGCUGCGUCGGUGGACACGCAGCUGCUGGAGGAUGCCACCCGAAGGGAAGCUGCGGCUCAGCAGGCAAAGGCCAAGUAA